AUGGAUCGAUUAACGUAUUGUAUUCUGGUUAUUCUAAGACUAGCGGUCGGUAGAAAUUUCUGCGGACAAACUAAAAUGCCACUAGAAAUUGGAGAAUGGCACCAAAGUUUGAAUCAUAUGGACUCAGCGGUUGUAGAAAAUCGGCCAGUGACAAUAAAUGAAGGUCAAGUGUAUGUAUAUGAGAACUAUUUUCCUGGUUAUACCAUAAAUUAUAUACACGUCGAUAAUGUAGCCAUCAAAUCUUGCGGAGCCAGUGCAACUAUCAAGAAAGGUGGGGUUGGUUCCUCGGCUGUCUUAAUAAUACUUCAUGCAGGAACCAAUGAAGAAAUAAGAUCAGUUAUUGACAUCUGGGGAACAAAACAUCGUGAAGCUACAACAAAGUCUCCCUUGCAAGGGAUGAAGAAUCUUAAGUCUUUUUAUCUUUUCAAAGAAUUCCGAGCGGUUAAUCACAACAAGAAAUCAAUCACAAAUUUGGACUGA